UUAGUUUGGAAGUAUCCCGGAAGUGAUUGUAAACACGUGUGUUCAUGUAUUUAGAGUUUCUCACGUGUGGAACGAUGGAUUUUUGAUGCUUACUGUUACUGUGCCGUUUAUAACAUAACAUCUCAGAAAACAUGAAGUUUGCAUACAAGUUUUCCAACUUAUUAGGGGCAUUUUAUCGCCACGGGAACCUGUCUUUCUCGAAGGAUGGAAAUUCUGUCAUCAGUCCAGUCGGGAACCGCAUCUCUGUCUUUGAUCUGAAAAAUAACAAGUCAGAAACCUUACCAGUGUCAACCACAAAGAACAUCACCUGUUUUGGAAUCUCUCCAGAUGGGAAUCUUGCCAUACUUAUAGAUGAAGAUGGAGCAGCCGUUCUCAUCAGCUUGGUCACUCGGGCAGUACUUCACCAUCAUCACUUCCAUAGUCCUGUUCACAGUGUGUCCUUCUCUCCUGAUGGAAGGAAAUUUGUAAUAACAAAGGAAAACGUGGCUCUAAUGUACCACGCACCUGGAAAAAACCGAGAGUUUAAUGCAUUUCCAUUAGACAAGAGUUAUUAUGGACCGUUUGAUGAGACGACUUGUAUCGACUGGACAGAUGAUUCCAAGUGCUUUGCUGUUGGAAGCAAGGACAUGACCACUUGGAUCUUUGGGGCAGAGAGAUGGGCAAAUCUCAUUUACUACUCGCUUGGUGGACAUAAGGACAUCAUAGUGGGCUGUUUCUUUGAAAAGGACAGCUUGGAUAUGUACACAGUGAGCCAGGAGGGCACUUUGUGUGUAUGGGAAAGUGACACCGAGCUCGAGGAAUUACGGAAGGGACCAAAAUACUCUGAGAGAAAGAAAAUGCAGGAGGAGAAAAAAAGAAGAGAUGAAGAAGAGGAGGAAAACGAAGAUGCUGAUAUUGUGGAAAAUAUAGGCGAGGAUGGAGAGUCCAGAGGAGAUGUGAUUAAAGGAAGUGCAGAUGCACCCAAAGAAGUGGAAGGCAUCAAAAAUGUCCGCUACUCACAGAGGAGCAAACACUAUUUUAACAAAGAAGGAGAUUUUAAUAAGUUGACAGCUGCUGCCUUCCACAAGAAAACACACAUCCUUGUGACAGGUUUCGCAUCUGGAGCUUUCCACCUGCAUGAGCUGCCAGAUUUUGACCUCAUUCACUCACUCAGUAUUUCAGAUCAGAGGAUUUCUGCCAUUGCUAUGAAUCCCACUGGUGACUGGAUUGGCUUCGGCUGUUCAGGUUUGGGACAGCUGCUGGUUUGGGAAUGGCAGAGUGAGUCUUAUGUGUUCAAACAACAAGGACACUUUAACAAUAUGAACUCUUUGGCUUAUUCCCCUGAUGGUCAAUAUCUUGUUACCGGAGGGGAUGAUGGGAAGGUAAAAGUGUGGAACACCAACAGUGGCCUCUGUUUCGUGACGUUUACUGAACACACCAGCUGUGUCACCAAUGUUGCUUUCACCUCCAGUGGCUUUGUGAUCGUCACUGCCUCUCUAGAUGGCACUGUUAGAGCAUUUGACCUGCACAGGUACCGGAACUUCCGCACCAUGACAUCACCUCGACCGGCCCAAUUCUCCUCACUUGCGGUAGACAAUAGUGGGGAGUUGGUGUGUGCAGGUUCUCAGGACUCCUUUGAGAUCUUUUUAUGGUCCAUGCAGACUGGACGACUGCUAGAGGUGCUCAGUGGUCAUGAGGGUCCAGUCAGUAAUUUGUGCUUCAGCCCAGUCCAGUCAGUGCUUGCCAGCGUGUCAUGGGACAAAACUGUCCGGCUGUGGGACAUGCUAGACAGCUGGCAGACCAAAGAGACUUUGCGGCUCACCUCUGAUGGACUCGCUGUAACAUAUCGUCCUGAUGGUCAGGAGUUGGCAGUGGCCUCUCUGGAUGGGACGAUCACAUUCUGGAACCCUCAGACUGGAGGACAGACUGGCUCUAUUGUUGGCCGCCAUGACCUGCAGGUGGGACGUAAAGAGACUGACAAGAUCACCGCCAAACAGUCUGCCAAGGGAAAUUCCUUCACGUCCUUGUGCUACUCGGCGGAUGGUGAAUCGAUCCUUGCAGGCGGGCAGUCGAAGUUCGUGUGCAUUUAUAACAUUAAGGAGCAAGUCCUGAUGAAGAAGUUUGAGAUCUCCUGCAAUCUCUCUCUGGACGCUAUGGAGGAGUUCCUCGACAGGCGUAAGAUGACAGAGUUUGGUAAUCUGUCUUUAGUGGAUGAAGGUGCAGGGGAUGGAGACGGUAUACAGCUCAGUCUUCCUGGAGUCAAGAGAGGUGAUAUGAGCUCCAGACACUUCAAACCAGAGAUCCGUGUUAGCUCUCUCUGCUUCUCACCUACUGGGCGCAGUUGGGCAGCAGCUUCCACUGAAGGUUUGCUUAUCUACUCUCUUGAUGCUUCACUGGUGUUUGACCCCUGUGAUCUGGAUAUGGAUGUCACACCAAAAAGCAUACGGCGACAGGUGAAGAAAAAAGAGUGGGCCUCUGCAAUUUUGCUGUCUUUUCGCCUGAAUGAAAUGCCACUCAUAAGAGAGGUCCUGGAAGCAGUCCCUUAUGACCAAAUUACAGUGGUAUGUAGCUCACUUCCAGAUGUGUAUGUGGAUAAGCUUUUAAACUUUGUGGCCACAACAUUGGAGAAGUCCAACCACCUGCAGUUCUACCUCACCUGGGCGCAGUGUCUGCUCACCUUACAUGGACAGAAGCUCAAGAAUCGAUCUGGAGCAGUACUGCCUACUGUACAGCAGCUAUUGAAGAGCAUCCAAAAACACACUGAUGAUAUGUCCAAACUUUGUGACUGGAACAUUUACAACAUUCGCUACGCCGCUGCUCUGUCCAAACAGACUGCGAUGAAAAAAAUAAUAACAGAGGCCCACAGUGAUGAAGAAGAAGAAGAGUCAUCAUCAGAGGAAAUGGACUCUGAGGAUGAUGAUGAGGAGAAUAUGGAUGAGUCUAUAAUAGUGGAAAACUGAAAUGUAUUGGGAUGAACACUUCUAAUGAAACUUUACAGAGCCAGCACAGCACCCAAAUAAUGGAAAGCAUCAGGUCAGGGCCAGAACAAGGAGUGUUGCUUACUGAGGAUUACUGUUGGUGACAUCUCUAUGGAAGUAGUGGACCAUCUUACCCUCAAAGCAUCAUGGGAAAAGUUAUUUGCUUAUUUAAUGUUAUGCAUUGGCCCUUCACCAAGUACUAAACUGUUAUUGAUUUGUACGCCCAAAAUAAAUACACACAGCUGUAUAUGAUGGUCCAUUUGUAAAUAUAUGGUGAUGUAUAGGUUUCCUAUAUUAUUGAGGUGACUCGUUUUGCCCUAGUUUUAUUAAGUUUUUUUUUAAGUUUUCAAGUUAAGUCUUCAAUUUGGACUGCUUAAUAUGAAGCAGAUAUGAAAUCAUAUUUUGAGCAUCUAUUGCUUGUAAAAUUGCAAAAUGUCAAUAUGAUGGUUAAUAAUUAAGUUGAGGACUUGUAUACCAAGCUUUAUAGGUCAUACUUCCAAAUAACCCAGAUAACCAGCUAAUCUUGGUUUUCCCUAUUGUCUGUCACCAGAAGACUCCUUAAAUCAUUUAGGUUUUUCCCAUAUGUUUUGGCCUUUUGUUAUUAAAAUUAUUGUAAUGCUUGAAUAAGUUCUGCAUAUUCUCCAAAGCUUCCUUUUAUAAGUGUUAUUUAAAGGGGAUAAAUCAUGAAAAUCUGA